UUCAAAGGAGUCUCUGUGCCCCAUGCCACCCACAGACAAAUGGGUUGGUAGAAAGGAUGAAUGGGACCAUACAGAGAGCACUCUCCAAGUUGGUAAAUGAAAAGCCAGAGGAAUGGGACAAACAUUUGGAUCCUGUCAUGUUUGGCCUGAGAACCAAGCGCCAUAUGACCACUAAGUACUCACCCUUUUUUUUAAUGUUUGGUAGAGAGGCGAGGUACCCUACUCAAAUCCCAGAUGAAUACAGAGUGGACAGCAGUGUAGAGGACAUUUUGUCUGUUGAAGAGGCAACAGAAGAAAUUCUUAAGCUGGAUGAAGUCCUUCAGACUGCUAUUUCCAAUUGCAAAAAAACACAGUCAAAAUAUCAAAACAAAAAUAAAGGCAGACCUACUCCGAGUUUUACAGUUGGCAUGAAAGUGUGGAGGAUGAACACGAGGAGCCAGCAGAGGAAAGGGGGAAAGUUAGAUCGCAAUUACCUCGGCCCCUACACAAUUGCUGCAAUAUCAGGAAAAAGUGUGGAUCUUUUGGACAGCAAAGGUGUGACAAUACCAAAAAUUAACAUUGACCAUUUAAUGGUGUUCACAGAGGAACAGCCAAGAAUUCCACAUAAGUUGUCUAAUGCUUCUUCUUCUGAGCCAUCCACCACCACCACAUCCACAGUCGGGCCCCCAACCACCACGUCCACCUGUGAAACAUCCACUACUACGUCCACCUCUGAACCAUCCACCACCACAUCCACCUCUGAAACAUCCACCACCAUGUCCACACCUGUGUCAGACACCAAUGCAUUGUCCAGUGCCGCUCUGGGCAUGAUGCAUGCCUCCACUGCCUCUGUAAAAUCUACAGCAGACCCCUCGAUCAUCAAGAAUGUGACAGAUGCAUGGGAGGGAAAUAAGACGUAUGUCCUCCUGUCAAAAAUCGGACCAUACAAGAUAUUCUUUCAAGACAUUUACAAUACAGCUCCCCAAAGGGAACUAGAAAGUGAGGUUAUUAAUGCCUAUCUGACUGUCUUGGUAAGUAAAUUCAACCAAGACAGUGCUGAAAAAGCAUUUGUGGUUGAUACCUAUGAAAUGACAUGGGUAUGGAAGCGGAAUAAGCCAAAAAUUAAGAUUGACCCAGUCUUCUACAAGUAUAUUUUGGGAGUUGUCAAUGAAGGUCAUCACUGGAUGCUGGUGGUGAUCAAACCUGGAGAAAAGAGAAGCGUGUUUCUCGAUCCACUUGGUGAAAGCCAAAGGAGAGUCACACAAUGUCAGGACAUUUCAAGGUUUUUCAUGAGACACAGAGGGCUUAAUGCAUCAAGAUGGGCAUGUGACACACUGCCUCAUCCUAUUCAACAGGAUGCAACUUCAUGUGGUGCCUACGUAUUGAAGGUAUGUGUAAGAGCAUGA